AUGGGACGAAAAAAAAUUCAAAUAUCCAAAAUAAACGACGAACGUAAUCGUCAAGUGACGUUCACUAAACGAAAGUUCGGUUUAAUGAAAAAAGCUUACGAGCUCAGUGUGCUCUGUGAUUGUGAAAUAGCAUUAAUUAUCUUCAAUUCGUCGAAUAAACUCUUUCAAUAUGCUUCAACCGAUAUGGAUAAAAUCUUGCUCAAAUAUACCGAAUACAAUGAACCACAUGAAAGUCGAACAAACAACGACAUUGUACAGAUUUUAAAUAAGAAAGAAUCGAAACAUCUCGAUCAAAACGAUAGUGAUAAUGAUAUGGAAGAUGAAAGUGCUAAUGAAAUGGAUAGUAACCAUCCACUUCCAUCACAUCAUCAAGCACACCAUCUACAUCAUCUGGACAUGUCAUUGAAUGAUUCGAAGAAGCGAUCAAAUAGUGAAAACCAUACACAUCUGCCCAGCAACUAUCACCCAACGUUAGCUAUGGUAAAUGGAAUUAAUCAACAAAGUUCACAACAGCCAAAUUAUUUAGCAGUUCAUGGAACACCUAGAAUAGAUGCCUCGUCAUCACCCUCACCUCAAUCAACAUAUUCACCGCAAAGUUCACCUGGUGAAUCACGUACUAGUCCAAGUGCCAUGGGCAAACAACAAUCGAUCUCUGGUUUGAACAAUAAGUUUUCAAUGAAUCCAAAUAGUGGGGCAACAUCAUCACGAAUUACAUCUCAUCAUAAUGAUUUAACAGGAGGAGGUAGUGGAGGAACAAGUCGACACAGUGCUGACUUUGCACUGAAUACAAUUCCUGGUGGAAGUGGUAACAUAGGUGCGAAUGAGAGUAAUAAUUUUCUUCCAUGGCAUACAUCGUCACAUUCAUCCUUGGCUGCUGCUCUGCAAAUGAAUUCCUUACCAUUAGGAAUGAUGAAUUAUGAUAUGCAACAAGCACUCUGUGGUCCUCCAUCGACAACGAAUAACAAUAAUUCUGCUCGUGGUAGUCCACACUUGUACCAUCAACCAACUCAUCAUCAUCCACAACAAUUGUUACACUUAUCUCAACAACAACAACAGCAGCAGCAACAACAACACCAGAAUCGUUUGAAAACCGAGCCUUUUUCGCCGUCGUUGUCCCUUGGCACCGGAAACACUCGUUCAUUAACAUUAGAAAGCAACUCGAAUUCGAGCCCUUCUCAACAACAUCAAGUACCACGAUCUGCUGACUACACACAAUCGACGUCACAUUCGGAACCUUCGCUUAAACACGCUCGUUUUGAUCAUACGAUUUGGCCAAAUACAACUUGA